CGAGUCAAAAACCUUAUCCCAAAACCUCAUCCGCUCUCUCCCUCUCCCUCCACUCAUUCUCUCUUCUUCCAUUUACCAGAAACACUAAAUUGGACACAUUGAAGAUAAGCCUUUGAGCAGAAAGAAAGGAUUCAUCUGAAGAGAACUCGUACCCACAUUGCCAAACUCCCUUCUCCUCACCUGGAAAACUAGUUAAGAACAUGUCUUCCUCCAAUCUGACAAUGUGGGUGUCCUCGAAGCCUUCUAUUUCCGACGCUUCUUCGCUCUCCUUCCGCUCCUCUGUCGGCUCAUUCGUCCAGCUCCCUUCCUCUGGGAACCCAUCUAGAGCCAACUCGGCGGCCCCGAUUCAGUGCAAUCUCCGAGAGCUCCGGGACCGCAUCGACUCGGUCAAGAACACCCAGAAGAUCACUGAGGCCAUGAAGCUUGUGGCGGCUGCCAAGGUCAGGAGAGCCCAGGAAGCUGUUGUCAAUGGAAGACCCUUCUCAGAGACACUGGUCGAAGUUCUCUACAACAUCAAUGAGCAACUCCAGACCGAGGACAUCGAUGUGCCGCUCACCAACGUGAGGCCUGUCAAGAAGGUCGCCCUGGUGGUCGUCACCGGCGAUCGGGGCCUCUGCGGCGCUUUCAACAACAACAUCAUCAAGAAGGCCGAGGCGAGGAUCGCCGAGCUCAAGGAUCUCGGCCUCAACUACACUGUGAUCAGCGUUGGCAAAAAGGGCAAUGCCUAUUUCCUAAGGAGGCCUUACAUUCCUGUCGACAAGUUCCUUGAGGGCGGUUCGCUGCCGACCGCGAAGGAAGCUCAGGCCAUCGCCGAUGAUGUUUUCUCGCUAUUCGUCAGUGAGGAAGUCGAUAAAGUGGAGCUCCUCUAUACCAAGUUCGUGUCCCUGGUGAAAUCCGACCCGGUGAUCCACACCCUCCUGCCUCUCUCGCCCAAGGGUGAGAUCUGCGACUUGAAUGGGAACUGUGUGGACGCGGCCGACGAUGAGUUCUUCAGGCUGACCACCAGGGAGGGCAAGUUGACCGUAGAGAGAGACAUGAUCAGGACGGAAACGGUCGACUUCUCGCCCAUCUUGCAGUUCGAGCAAGACCCGGUUCAGAUUCUCGAUGCCUUGUUGCCCCUGUACCUCAACAGCCAGAUCCUGAGGGCGCUUCAGGAGUCUCUGGCCAGCGAGCUCGCCUCCAGGAUGAGCGCCAUGAGCAACGCCACCGACAAUGCUUCGGAACUGAAGAAGACGCUCUCCAGGGUGUACAACAGACAGCGCCAAGCCAAGAUCACCGGUGAGAUACUGGAGAUCGUUGCUGGUGCCAAUGCUCUCUCCUAGAGCGAUAACGAAAGAUUCAAACCGGUUCCUUCAGCGACCCAAACUGGUGCUCUUAUUCGUGUAGGUACGUUCAAGCAUGCUAAGAGAAAAGACCCUCUUCUUCAUUCAUUCAGAUAUGGUUUGAUCCAGGACUUGCAGAUAAACAAGGCCGAUUUUUGUUGUAAUUCUCCGAAUUUCCGUAUAAACUCUGCGCACGAAUGAGGAUU